CUGCUUGUCAUAAAACUCGCAUCGAGGUGCAAAGCGAGUAUGAAUGCUUGGUUGAGAAAACUACAAUCGUCUCUUCAUAACACUGAUGAUCCUCGACACCUUCGACGGUACCCAUUUCAUAUCGAAAUGGCUCGGAUGCCCCCUUGGACGCCGUGCCUGACUCACGACCCUUCGCCGAACAGUCAUGUCUGUUAUACGUUCGAACCCAUUGCUCAAUAGGAGAGCUCUCAGUUUUGUGUCACUAUUCUCCUGCCAUUCACAAGCUCGGCGGAUAGUAUCGAAAUCCAUGAGUCACGCCUGCCAAAUCCUCGAGCAUAAAAGAAGCAGUUGCCUCUUCCUUCAUAUCAUCGACUUUCUAUCUUUCAGGCCAAGUAAACCAGAAACAACGCCAAUUACUCUAAGAUUCAGAGUGAUUAAGAUUUCGGCAACCUCAAUAUGGCUUCUGAACCUACUGAGAUCUAUGACCUCCUCAUCCUCGUCGACGCCACCUAUUCGAUGAGAUCCUACCUCAACUCAUUACAAACUUCUCUGCCGCAGAUCAUACAGAUUUCUGCACUUACAGACUGUUUCUCACGCAUCGGACUCCUUGCUUACCGAGACUACUGCGAUAAAGAUUUGCUUGACUGGUCAGGAUGGCUCACCCCAUCCUCUGAUACGGCAACGGUUGUUUUGGUUGCGAGAGCAAAGAAACUCAACCCCCUGGGAGGUGGCGAUGGACCAGAAGCAACGAAGACUGGACUGGCACGGGCAUAUGAGCUUAUGAGAGUUGAUGCUACCACCAUCAUCCUGCUGUUCACCGAUGCCCCACCACAUUCUUUCUCGAACGGCUCUCUGAAAGACACAUCCUCCAACUAUGGAGCAGAACUAAAGGCGUUGUCUGACGAGACUUGUUAUGGAGGGCAUGGAUUGCAAUUUGUGGAUUGGGUGUCGGCUGCAAAUUCUCUACGCUCUGGUGAUAAGAAAGCGCAGGUCUUCAGCAUCCUUGAACGUGAUAUGCGAUACGAAGAAGCUGGAUAUUACAACUACCUCUCAGCAAUGACAGGUGGUACCUGUUUCUAUCUGGCCAAAUCUUCUGCAGCAGACAUUUCCCAAGUCACAGUGGACGUCCUGCUGUCUUGGAUGGGUGCCGGAAAAGCCGGAGCAGUAGGUAACCCUGACUUGCCUGCAUUUCUAACACGAUAUGCCGACUCGGCAGGUAUGAUGGUUUUGAAGAACGAGAAAGAUCUGGCUGCUUGCAAGUUCUUCCUCGCAACAUCAGACUCUGCAUAUGAUUCAGUCAUUCCCGAUGCUGGUAGGGCCGCAAUCAAACGUGGAGCUGCAAACGUCAUAAAGAUCAAGGCCUCUUCAGACGUUCUGAAGAAGUUCCUACCAAAGAAGAACACUCCUGUUCUCAACUUUGCCAAGCGGUACGCUGUAGACGCUGACUACAGGCGAGUGGCUUUAAGAGAGCUGAAGAAGAUCAUUGAUACCGAUGUGGUAGUCAUCUCACUGAAUCCGAUAUUUGGAUCCCUUUGGAGGGACGCUGUCGCAGAUCGGGACCACGAGGCACGAGAUGAACUUGUUAAAGUCUUUGGGUCGCAAGUAGACCGAAUUGCGGAUGCAAAUGAAAAAGCACGAAUGAGAAUCUGGCUUGAGGAGUCCUACGAUUUCACAUCCGAAGUCGCGGAGGCCAUUGAGUCCGUGCCAGUCGACCAAAGAUUUCCAUGUGUUUGUCUGGAUCCUACCUUGUCCUUCACAAGCGAGGACAAUGGCGAUGAGGAUGACAGACCUGUCACAAAAUUUCGACGCGAUGAGCUCUUGGAGAUUGGGCGUUCUUGCGAUUACAGAAUUCUACGUCGUCUGGGAAGAAUUUUGACCCGACUCACGUACAUCAAUUCUGUUGCUGAAAUGCCAGCCCACAUCGCUGCAGCAGAGUCCGAUGUAGUAAGAAUCCCAAUGGCCCUAGCAUCUCGUGAGAAUAAGCGGAAGUUCUGGAAGAUACUUCUCCAUAUUAUUGUUCCCGGAACUAUGCUUGCAGGACGCCCAGCAGCAGUACUUGCUGCUCUCAGCUUGAAGCUUGGAAUACAGCCUUUGAUGGAUGCAGCCGAUCAAGAGCUGUUGCGGUGGCGUGAUAGAUGGAACAACUUGGAGAGCCCAGAGACAUGGAACUCGUCCUGCUUAUCACUGCUACUGGAUGCUGAUGAUUCUUACCGGAAGCGACGAGAAGUGGAAAUGGGAUUGGAGGGCUUGGCUUUAGAUGAUAAUGCAACUCCAAAUGCCGAGGGCCUCCUGAACGCGAAGGAUCGACAACUCUUCAAUCUUCUCGUUUCGUACAAACUUCUUGAGCUCAACCUCGACACGAACCUCGAGGCACGUAUUGGCUGGACACCAGAGAAGUCUUCUGCUCCCCUAGGACCUACAGUCGUAUGUGCGUCUUGCAAAUAUCCUCGCUCGGUCACUAUCAUGGGCAAAGGCGGAAACUGCGGGCUUUGUCUGUGGAAUCAGGUCGCUUCGUGGAAUCAGUUUCCUUCACGCGAAGAGCGGGAACGAAUUAUUAACGCACAUGUAUCGAAGUUUGAUGAUGAAAAUACCCCGGCGACUUGGGUUGAGUGUAACCUGAGUACUUGUCGAGCGCAAUACGUUGUAUAUCGAGCCAAGUGCCUCAACGUCAAGCCGAAGUGCCACUAUUGCCGUCACAGCACCCAGGCACCUGCGCUCAAGUGCUCUGACUGCAAGAAUCGCAUUAUCUACCCACUCGCGUACCGUCCAGCGGACAUGAAAGUUGAGGACUUCAAAUGUUUUGCUUGCACCGCGGGCAGGCAGACAAUCGUCAAGGUCGAGACCACAGCCAAGAAGCUCAGGGCAGAGAAUGGGACGAAGUGGCUGUUGCGAAACGAUAAGAAGAUCGCUGAGCCGUUUAACCAGCGCUCUUUGUUCCAUACCAUCUCGACAGCCGGUACCGAUGGAUUUACCCAGGAUGUAGAACUGUUUCCUGCUGCGGGCAGACGACACCUCACCAUCAACGGCAAGUCAGUUCUCAACUCUCCUGAGCUCAUUGCUACACUUGAGUCUUGGAUAUCUCGUCGCAAGGUAGAGAGAGGAACAUGUUCUCUUUGUUGUUCUGACAAGCGGAAGUCCGAUCUUUUACUUGCAUGCGGUCGCUCUGGUUGCGAUCAAUACACCUGCAAAGAUUGUUUGGAUUCUUGGUACGGUCUGAAUAAAAUUGGUCGCGUUAUCAACACCGCAGCUCUUGCUUGUGCCUUCUGUCGCCGUCCACCAACAGCCAAGACGCUUUUCAAGUACGGCCAGGGCAUCCACGCCGUGGGCAAUCUUCGCUUAGCAGUCGAGAAAGGAGAGUGGAUCUUUGCUUGGUGCCGCACUUGUGGAUUUGCAAGACGUUAUAUGGAGCGUGUAUGUGCUCAAGCCGCGCCUGCUAACCUUUCUAAUUGGGAAUGUGAUGGGUGUAAAAAGUAUGAGGGUAGUCCGACGGUCAAGAAGUGUCCAGGUUGUCAGACCUGGACUGAGAAAUCUGCUGGCUGCGAUCAUAUUGCUUGCAUAGUACAAGGAUGUGGGACUCAUUGGUGCUUUCACUGUGGAAAGAAGCAGACAUCUAGCACGAUUUACGAUCAUAUGCAAAAAGAGCACGGUGGAUAUUAUGGCGGGGGUGCUUAUGAAGGUGCAGCUGCAGACGCCGAUGACGGUUAUGAAACUGAUUAUUGAGCUGGUUGUAUUGUGAGCUCUGUACUGUAUUUCUUGGGUUCUCUGAAGUCCAGAGCGGCGAAUGUCGGCUCAGUGUAGCAUGGUUUAAUCUAAU